AUGCUGUUGGAUGCUGUGCGGCCCAGACGAGCUGACGCUGUUAAUGUUGCCCUUGGUAAACCUGCCAACCAGACAGACACGCACGGUAUAUAUACGGCGGACCGUGCCGUUGACGGGAACACAUCAGGGGAUUUGGAUAGAGACUCUUCCUGCACACACACUGUGUCUCUCAACGCCUCAUCAUGGUGGGUGAAUCUCCAGAACAUAUUCCUCAUCCGCAGCGUCAAGAUUUACAACAGGAUAACGAGCAGUGAAAUACUUCACGAUGUCGAGCUUUACGUCGGUUUCUCGGAGCGCGGCUUUCAAUCGCUUGAGGGCUUUCACCCUGGCCAGGUCGGCGCUUUUUACACGUUUGAGCUAUCGACACCGGUGUACGGUCAGUGGGUACGGAUUACGCGUAAAAAUCCAACUAACUCGCCACUCACUCUGUGUGAGGUUGAGGUGGAAGGUAUUCCAUAUUCUGCAGCCAAUCGCGUCCUUUAUUCGGUCUUUCAAGGAUAUGUUCACACUGGUAGUGCAAUCGACGUAUUCAAGAAUGUCGGGUCAAAACUCGACUGCGCAUCAAGGUGUUCCAACCCAAAGAACUGCAUCAGUGCCCACUACAACACAGCGACCUUGACCUGCAGCCUGUUCGAUGCCUUGGCAUUUCAAAAAGGAGACAUCGAAAAUGACGUCACUGUUGUCAACAGUAUUGCCAUAACAAAGAACUCAAGGGAACAGUUGUUUGGGAUAUAAACCGUCAAUUUGGCUGUCAUGUGAUUCAAAGCCACGUUUAGAAAAUUGAAAACAUCAACGUAUUCAAAUAAAACACAAGCGAUAACCGCAUCUAUCAACGUAUACAUACAGUCAUCUGCACAAAUAGUAGAACAAACCUUAUUAUAUCAAGAGGUCAUUUAAGUCAUGGCAAGUGUUUGAUUUAAAAACAGUUGUACAUCAGUCAAAAGGUAUAGACUCAGCACAAAACAAUUAAAAAAGAACUCAACUUGAGUAACAGCCGUUGGAACGGUCAUAGCAAAUUAUUAUGUGUAUACACCAGGCAUAAUUUUAUUCUCCAAACCUUGUACAUGUCCCGACAUUUUUUCAGAACACAUGUAAACGUAAAUGCAAACGGGCAAAUUGAAAAGUUUUAAAAUUUAAUUUUCAUUCAUCUUCUUAAUAUUUCGAUGUAAACACAUAGCUUCGUAAAUAUCAGACACAAUCUCAUAAAGAUGAAUAUGCAGAUCAUCUUCAUUCUGGACAAAGUGACAUAUUGGUUAGUACAUCUGCAAUAGUUCUCAAAUAAUACAUCCUAAAGUAUUUUAAGAAAUCGAAAUAGGCAUGUGUUAGCAAACAUGGUCAAAAUAAAAAUGAACUUGAUUGCUGUGAAUGAGAAUCUUAAUAUAUUAAAUUAUGCUACUCGUACCGCGGCAAAGAGUUAUCGGAUAUGAUGUAUUAUAAAAAACGAAAGAAUUAUAUCCUAUUUAAUAUUAUAACGAACAACGCGAUUUAGUUCAAGCGAGUCUCUGUUGUUUAUUUAUCGAUUAACCCCGAUACAUCCGAAAAGUAAUUCUGAUAACAAAUGCAAACAGUGCAACUAUUGAAUACACAUUAAUUAAGUUAAAUUUCAACUCACCAUCCUGGAUCAUAAAGCUAAUAUUCCUCGUACAGCAAUGGCGUAGAAAUAAUCACACACUACACGUGUAGGUUGCAUGCUUUAAUACAUGAUGUCAUUACACACAAGAGUAAUAUAGAAGUUGUUAAGUGGCCGAUUGCCAGAAAUGACGGACGAACUGUUUUUGUUUUUAUGUUGUUUUUACAUAGAUGUUGAGCUUUGCAGUAUAUUAUAGACAUGUUGUCACAGGACUGUAAGAAAUUACGAAAGCAUGUUAUUUAGGUCUUAUCUACUUUAUAUAUUUUGUCUUGUUUAUGUUCUUGAGUUUACAUAUAAGUGAUUGUAAAUAAUAAUUGCGAAUCCCAACUUUGAUGAGUUUUCUGAUUAUUUAAUAUGAUUGCAUGCAGUAAGUUUGUACCUUAAAUAUUGUGAACGUCAUUUGAAUAGUCAUCAUGUGUUUUGUUUUGUACAUGCAUAUCUUUUUUUUUAAAGAAUAUUAAAAAAAAAAAAUGCACUAGCUUCACAUGUGUGUUAUGGUACCGGUAUAGGAAAGCUAUAGACACUCACUUUGCUCAUUUCUCGUUAUGUCAUUAGUUCCGUGAUUAUUGCUAUAAUUGCAUUUUCUUGUCCCUGAUUGCAUUACAUUACUGUGCUAGUUUUGUAAUUUUAACUCACCUAAGUAACAAGCGCUCAAGGUGAGCUAUUUUGAUCACCAAAUUAUUGGCUUCCGUCGUCAUUCGGUGUCUGGCGUGCGUUGUCAACCUUCGGCUCUAAAUGUCAUGUUUGUUAUCCGAUCUCAUCUGAAACAUGUUCAUAUUGUUUAUAUAGACAAUAUCUUUGGCGAGUUUGAAUCUGGAUCAUGGGCGUCAAACACAUAGGUCACCAGGUCAAAUGUUAGGAAAACCUUAUAAUCAGAGGACAAAUAUGACACACUUUUGAUACAACUUGUUCAGAAUGUUUAUCUUGACAUUCUUUUAACCAAGUUGUAAUCUGGGUUACGUCUGGGUUACGUUCGUUUAUAACCAAACACAAUUUUAUAAAAACCGUGUUACCAUUCUAGAUUGGACAUUUAAGACUCUUUAUGAAACUUGUACAAAUCAGGGCUUUGUGCGUCCGAAAACUAGAUAACCAGGUCAACUAUAAAAAACACCUUGUAAGCGUUCUAGAGGACAUAUAAAUGAUUCAAUAUUGAUGAAAAUUUGUAAUACUGUUUUUUUCGGAAAUAUCUAAAACCAGUUGGAAUUUGUGUCACGUGCAUGAAAACUUGAUCAAUGGGCAAAUACUAGAAGAACAGUUGUUUCACUCUAGAAGUAACAGUUAUGACCCAAUCUUCAUAAAAUUGGUCAGAUUGUUAUAGUGCCAAUAUCUAUUAUAAGUUAGAAUCUUGGUCAGAUGCGUCUGAAACCUUGGUCACCAGAUCAAAUUAAAACAAAGAAUGUUUCCAAAUUAGGGCCAAAUUUAUGACUCUGUUUUGAUUUACUGUUUUGUGUUUAUCUUGAUAAUUUGAAGGUCAUUUUUAAAACUGUGUUAACAAUGAGUGUGCUUAGCUUCAUUUUAGCGCUGAAUAGCCAUAUUGCUUUAUAUUUUUGUUUGCUGUCUUGUAAUAAAUUG